CCGUCGCUGCCCGGCUCUCUGGCCGCUCUCCCUCCCUCCCCUUCUGUUCUGCCCAGUCCUGCCCGGGUUGCCCGGCUCCAGCAGGCCCCCCCACGGCCCGCGUUCCUAUGGACAGACGCACAGACACCUGCAGGAAAGACACUGCUGAUCCUGUAACAUGGAGGACUGCCUUCAUACCUCAUCUGAGAAUCUGUCCAAAUUGGUCAGCUGGGCCCACAGCCAUGGGACUAUUUGCAGCCUCAUCCCUAACCUGAAACACUUGCUUUCGGAAGGUUCCCAUGGGAACCUGACUGCAAUGUGGGGCUGUAGUGCCGGGCAUGCUUAUCACUGGCCACUGACAGCUACUUGCAGAGCUGGGUCCCAGGAAAGGGUCUGUUUCCAGGAUAACAGAAGUUUUAACUCCGAUAGUCCCAGUAUAAUCGGAGUGCCCUCUGAGACACAGACUAGCCCAGUUGAAAGGUACCCUGGGAGACCAGUGAAAGCGAAGCUAGACUGUAAUCGGACCAGAGACUCUUGUGACUUCUCUUAUUGCAGUGAGCCCUCUGAACUGGACGAAGCUGUUGAAGAGUAUGAAGAUGAAAACACCCUGUUUGACAUGGUUUGUGAGUCUUCUGUUACAGAUGAGGAUAGUGACUUUGAACCCCCAACCCAAAGGCCUCAAAGCAUUGCUCGAAAAAGGCCUGGAAUAGUCCCGUCUUCUCUCCAUUCAAGCUCCCAGGCUCAGAUGGUUGAUGAAUGCAGCAGUGAUGUUAUCAUCAAGAAAAUCAAACAAGAGAUUCCUGAAGAUUAUUACAUUGUGGCAAAUGCAGAGUUGACUGGAGGAGUAGAUGGACCGGCCUUGUCAUUGACGCAGAUGGCCAAACCCAAGCCUCAGACUCAUGCUGGUCCCUCCUGUGUCGGCUCUGCUAAGCUAAUUCCCCAUGUAACAUCUGCCCUCAGCACAGAGCUAGACCCACAUGGUGUUUCUGCGUCUCCCUCUGUGAUGUCCAGGCCAGUGGUCCAGAAGACCGCCAGGGCACCUCUGGCUUCACCAAACAGAGGGCCCUCCGGUGCGCAUGGCACCAACCAGCAGGUGGCCAUGCAGAUGCCUGUGAGCACGUCCCAUCCUAACAAACAGAUCAGCAUCCCCUUGUCUGCCCUGCAGCUGCCUGGACAGGAUGAGCAAGUUGCUUCGGAAGAGUUCCUGCCCCACCUGCCCAGCCAGGUCUCCUCCUGUGAGGUGGCCCUUUCUCCCUCAGUUAACACAGAGCCAGAAGUGAGCUCCAGUCAGCAGCAGCCCCAGGUGGCCCCAACCAUAACCACCGAGGCCAUGGCACAGUGCAUACCAGACCAGGAUGAAAGAGCAGCUGAGCUCAGCAGGGAGCAGAAUGAGAAAACCAUCCGGAGCACGCAGACCGCGCUCCGCAAUUUCCCCUAUUCCACUAAGCUCAACAAAUUUCCUGUAUUUAAUAUUAAUGAUGACUUGAAUGAUCUGUGUACCAGUGCAGUAAGCCCAAACACUACCAAAGCCACGCGCUAUGCCCUGAAUGUGUGGCGAUACUGGUGCAUGACCAAUGGGCUCAAAGAUCACACGGACAUCACUAAGAUCCCUGCAGUGAAGUUGAACGAACUGCUGGAGAACUUUUAUGUCACCGUUAAGAAGAGUGAUGGCUCAGACUUCCUGGCCACCUCGCUCCAUGCCAUUCGCCGAGGCCUGGACCGCAUCCUGAAGAAUGCAGGCGUGGGCUUUUCCAUCACCAGCAGCACCUUCAGUUCUUCCACCAAGAAACUCAAGGAGAAGCUGUGGGUACUGAGUAAGGCAGGGAUGUCAGGUGCCCGUUCUCGCAACAUCAUCUACUUCUCCCUUUCCGACGAGGAGGAGAUGUGGCAGGCAGGGUGUCUGGGGGACGACAGCCCCAUCACUCUCCUGUCCACUGUGGUCAAGUACAACAGCCAGUACCUGAAUAUGCGGACACUGCAGGAGCAUGCAGAUCUGAUGUAUGGUGACAUCGAGCUGCUUAAAGACGCCCAAAACCAGCCCUAUUUUGCCCGGACAGACAGUGUCAAGCGGGAGAGCCGGAGUGGUUCCACUAGAAUAUGUCAUGGGGAAAUCUACCAUGAGCAUUCCAGGGGACACAAACAGUGCCCUUACUGCCUCCUCUACAAGUACAUGUACAUCCACCGGCCCCCCACCCAGAUGGAGGCCAAGUCCCCUUUCUACCUUACCGCUCGGAAGGAGGCCAUAGACAUGGGCAGUGUGUGGUACGAGGAGCAGAGGAUGGGGCUUCGGUCUCUCCGAGGAAUUGUUCCAAACUUAGCCAAGAAGGUCAAGCUGGAAAACUGUGAGAACUUCACCUUCGUCUCAUUUACUCAGGUCUCCAGGAGGCUCAGCUCCCACAGCUGCUGCCAGUGAGCUGCCAGUGAGCCUUCCCUGGGUCCAGGCCACUGCUUUGACACGGCCGGCGGUGACCGUGACUUCAUGGCCAGGCCGGUCUCUGUCAGUGUGACCUGCUAUUUCUUUGACUUUGGGGUUUUUUUAAAGCUGAAAGUAGAUGAGUCUGAAUAAUUAGGAUGUUUUAUCCAAAUGUGUGUCACCUUUGUUAAAUUAUAGAAUCUAAUACAGUGUGUAAUUGCUACGUACACAGGAGCAAGGAAGUUUAUUUUAUCUAGUGCCUUUUUAGCACAGAUUUUCUCAAAAAAAAAAAGGAAACUGUUUAAUUAGUGAUUUUUUAAAAAUCCCAGUAGCCUAGUAGCUUUAGAAUGUUUAGAAGACUAUAUACACCUUAUUAAAUUACACUCACAAUGAAGAACCAGAGAGAGGCAGACACAUUAACUAUUUCCGGAAGGAGAAUUGCACUUGACACCCCUCUUUAUCUUGUGUUGAUGGAUAACUCGAUGCUGCAGAGCAAGCAGCCUUGCGUGGUGGAAGGUGCUGGAGACUCACUCGGUCACGCUCUCAUCACUGGGAGAAACUUACCUCUGCGUCGUUAGAGGCGAUUUUACGAAAAAAGACGAAUGCGCCAAAAGCUGUGUGUGAGAGCAAGGCUUCCAGUAAACUGGGGGUUUGUGCAGUGAGGGAAUUUCCAGUAGCGAAAGACAGCGGCUUGGAAAAACGGUCUGUGCUCAAACGUGACCACCUCCUGAAGCAGAAGUGCCUACGUUGUAUUUCUCAGCACCAUGGGAAAGCUCUUUUCAUUUGAACAUUUUUUGGAGUCUUUUAAAAAUCUGUUCUGUGUGUCCUACAGUGUGUUCUGUCAGCAUAUAGCACUGGAUCUGUAACACAAACUAAAGGUAGUUUUCAGGCGGACCCAGGAAAACCCAACAAAACAAGCUGCAAAGGAAACAAAUCGGAAAAUGUGUUCAUUAAAGCGCAUUGAAACAUUUUUGUCCAAGUAUGACUCAGCCACAGUAGAUUUCAUCAUUGUAGGUUGGCACCAGUGUUUGGGACACGAUGCUGUAGGCAGCCGACCAGGUAAGCAAACCCAGCAUUAAGGACAUAGCUGUGAGAAUCCAUGCGUAUUAUUACAGUUUGAAACCAUUUCACUCAGGUAAAACCCAACCUGACCACUUGUGACUGAGACAUCAGCAGAAUUUUCCAGAAGCUACCCUGAAUGAGAAGUGAGAAAGCUCCCUAAAGAGUGCUAGCUAAUAAUAAUAAUUUCUAGGGAUCCUUCUUUCACAUUUGAAGAAAGACUGCUACAACGUGAUACCAUUAUGUUCCUUGUGUAUGCUUUCUGAUUCAAAGUUAAAAUUCCAGUAUAAGUUGGCAUUGUAGGAGUCCUAAAAUCAGUCCUAUGACUUUUUCAAAAUAUUAUUUUAGUAUUUAUUUUAAUUGAUUGUUUUCAAAAAAUCAUUAACUGGUCACUGAAUACUUCCUUUUUCAGAGGAGACUCAACCAAUGCUGCCUUAAGGGUUAAUGUUGUUCCCUUUGUAGUUCCCGCACAUUUAUAACGUCGUUUACUAGUUGAUCUGUCCUGAAUAUACAUUAACUUUGGUAUGUCUCCAUCUGUAUGUAAAUAACAGGUAAUAUUUAAAACCCAGUGUUACGACUUCAUGGUGCACACUGUUAUAUUACAGUUUCCUGUGGUGAUUUUAGGGUUUUGAUUAAAAGGAGAUCCAAAA